AACAAUUGCUAGCGUGUGAGGCCUCUUCGUUGCUGUCGGCUAGUUAGCAUAGCGUCAUGUGCUAUAGACACAAUAUUAUCAGCGCUAGGGUCGCAGUAUCGUUGGGAAACGUGUUAACGUCUUUCCCGCAUCUUUUGACGCCCCAGAGUUUGAAGAGAGUUUAGAUAAGGUCGAGUCGAACCAGUGAGAAUCUAGACGCUGUUCCCAUAGCGACAUACGCAUAUUUGUACGUGCGUUGAACUACUUCAACCUUUCUUGCCGUUGUCAUGGCGUCAAGUAUGACUAACAGGUAGGUACUUAUUUAAGAAGCAACUUCAAUCUCCAUUCUAUGGUUACCCUUAUUCUUCGUAGAUAUCUCUCUGCGGCCCAUCGAUGGUUUUUGUCACUUACCUGGUUAUGAAUAAAGCCGCCUCAUGAUUGGCUAUUUUGCCUCGUCUAUCGAACCUACACUGAGCCCGCGGAAACCACCCCUAUACGCAACAUCGCCGACUCGAUUCACAGAAUGGAGCAACCCGGGAUGAAACCAAAUACUUACAACUUGGACGACGUGCAUAUGGCCAGCAACCUCAUGGCACGUCCUAUUCUUUCAAGUGACCCUAGGGUAAAUUGCAGCUUUCGGGCUAUACCCUUACGCCACCUCGGGAUUCGAUUCCGUGAACUUUCCGAGUAUGGCGUCGUCAUCCACGAGAGCCCUGAUAAGCUAGUGAUCAUGAUCUAUCAUCGGCGCCCAGAGCUGUUGCUCGCCGUUGUUAGACACGCAUGGGUGAACAAGUACAUGGAGAUGGGAGCUCCAUGCAUCAUGCAUUUCGGUCCGUUGACCCAGUACCAAAGCGUCGUGGUGACCUUCGAGCGAGACGGAACGGGAACUGGCGAUACCAAGCAAGCGAAUCCGGAAACGCAGUCGCAAGGGCCGCUACAACCCCAGCCCCAGCCACAGCCAUGCGCAUAUUCGAACUCGACUGCUUCUUCAGAAGCUACCGCAUCGCCAGUGAACAUGACCUCGAGGAGCCCAAGCCUACUUUGCCCUAUCCCUGAAGGCCGACCGCCGACUUCGUCGAAUAUGCACCUAAUGGCUGACUUCGACUUCCUAGGUGAGUUGCAAGCCCAAUUCACGAAGCAUGCGGCGCAGUUCCCCGAAGCCUAUAAAAAAGCUUCUCGAACCUACUCGGGCCCUAGACCAUAUCAACCUCAGCCAGGCGCUCUACCAUUGGUCUAUCAAAAUCUCCCCGACGGCCGGAGUGUUCGAGCCCCUUUACCAUACCAGAACUCUCGACGCCCUCCAGGCUACCGUGGAUCCCAAGGCAAUCAACACCAUUAGAAUCUUCCCCGAUAUCAAGGAUGCCGGGCUGGUUAAGAAACCCGAAGUAGUCCGCACGAUUCCACUUUCAGAUCAUCAAGCAACGGUAGAAGACAG